ACAAAGUCGUUCAGCAAGCAACGAAUCGGAAACGCACGUGAGAAGCUAAAAAAAGUUAAUAAUAAUAAUAAUAGUUGUUUAUUGAAGAUGUGUGCUGCGGAAGCGGAUCGUCAGUGGGGAGCGGAGUCUGAGCAGGAGGACGGUGAGCUCUCGGAUGGAGAGCUUCAAGAAGCUUUCGUCAAAGGACUCCUCAAACCCGGCAUGAACAUUCCUUUAGAAGAACCUAAACAAACCGUGAACAACGUGGAGGGUUUGAAGAAAUGCCUGGCGGAGUUUAAGAAGAAUCUGGCCUGGGUGGAGAGGCUGGACCUCACCACUCCGCCCACCGUCGACAUCAUGGCUAAAGUGGAGGGGAGGGCGGAGCCGAGCCAGGGCGGAGCCGAAGUCAACGCAGAUGAUGAUUUUCAGAGGGAGAUGCACUUUUAUCGACAGGCCCAAGCGACUGUUCUCGAGGCGCUGCCCAAGUUACAGAAGUUACAGAUUCCUACAAAACGGCCGGAGGAUUAUUUUGCGGAGAUGGCCAAAUCAGAUCAGCACAUGCAGAAGAUCAGGAAGAAGCUGAUCCAGAAGCAGAUGGCGAUGGAGAGAUCUGAGAAAGCCAAGAAGCUGAGAGAACAGAGGAAGUUCGGCAAGAAGGUCCAGGUGGAGGUUCUGCAGAAGAGGCAGAAGGAGAAGAAAUCCAUGAUGAUGGCGGUGAAGAAAUAUCAGAAAGGUAUGACUGAUAAGCUGGACUUCCUGGAAGGAGACGGUGAGGGGAAGAAAGCAGCAGCAGCAGCACCAUCCAAACCACACCUUAACAAGAAAGGCCCGAACGCCAAGAGGAAGUACAAGGACUCGAAGUUUGGCUUCGGCGGCAAAAAGAAAGGCUCCAAGUGGAACACGAAGGAGAGCUACAACGACGUGUCGGGAUUCCGGGCCAAAGUGGCUCACGGCAGAGCGGGCAAGAAGUUCGCCAAAGGAGGGAAGAAGAACAAGCGGCCUGGAAAAGAAGCACGACGUAAGAUGAAAGCACGGAAGUGAGUCGUGAUUAACAUCUUUUAACGUGGAGAUCUGACGGGACUUGCGUGGACCUCCAUGUUUGCGCAAGCUGACACACACUCCGUGAAAGCUGUGUGCGCUGCUUUUGAGGACUUGAGUGACUCAUGUCGUGAUUCUUAUUCAUGGAUCUCACCAAAAAAAAUCCUUUUGAAUUUAAUAUUUUUAUCUACUCUCCUUCCUUCAUGGCGUGUGAAUGAUGUGACUGUAUAAAUGUCUUUUUGUUGGUUUUUCUAUCCAGAAUUUUUUUUUUUAAAGCAUCGCUGUUCAUUUGUUCCAAGUGCCACAGUUUGUGUCCAGCGACUUUUCACCGAACAUGGCGGCUCGGUGACGAAUCAGACCCAAAGACUCCCUGAAUCCGUAUCGUAGCGUUACCUGCGACUGUACAAAGUGUUUCUCUGGUGACCAACAAGGGGCACAAGAAAUAAAAUAUAUAAUUUAAAAAAAAAAGUUUUUCCAAAUGAAAUGACGCACAUCUUAUUGAAUUGAUUUGAUUGGUUUGGCUCUGCUCACGGUUCAGAGUCGACUCCUGCGGCUCCUAAAUGAAUCAUUUGCCUUUUCUCCCUCCAAAACCAUAACCAGUAAUUAUUUCUCCUCCUCUAACUGUAGAUGGAAUCAUUUCAUUAUGGCUUACUUUCUAAUUGACAAAAACAUCAAAAUAAAUUCUUGUAUAUAUACGAAUCA